AUGUCUUAUCCAUUCUUCCAUGUCUUGGCGUUUAUCACAUCCCACACCACACGCGACGCGAACAGCGAAGAAGAAGACAAAGUUGCGGAAGAAGUGAUGUCCAACUGGUUCUACGACAAGAGCGAACUGAGACGCACGCCAUCGUUCGCCGAUGGGAUCAGCUUCGAGACCGAACAGCGCUACCGUCGGGAGGGCUCGCGGUUUAUACUGCGUGUGGGGACGACAAUGAAGUUACGGUUCGACACAAUGGCAACGGGUGUCAUAUACUUCCACCGCUUCUAUAUGUACCACUCGUUCAAGUCGUUCCCCCGAUUCGUCAGCGCCUCCUGUUGUCUAUUCCUCGCCGGUAAGGUCGAGGAGACGCCCAAGAAGUGCAAAGACAUCAUUAAGACGGCCCGCACUCUACUCACUGAUCAUCAGUUCCAGACGUUUGGCGAAGACCCCAAAGAGGAGGUGUUGACACUCGAGCGCAUUGUCCUGCAGACCAUUCGGUUCGACCUUCAGGUGGAUCACCCAUACGAGUACCUCUUGAGGUACGCCAAGAGUCUUAAGGGCGAUAAGGAUAAGCUGAACAAAAUGGUUCAAAUGGCGUGGACUUUCAUCAACGAUAGUUUAAGUACUACGAUAUGUCUUCAAUGGGAACCCGAGAUAAUAGCGAUAGCGUUGAUGUUUUUGGCCGGAAAACUGUCCAAAUUUGAAGUGAAUGAUUGGGAGGGAAGACUACCAAAGCAUAAGCACUGGUGGGAUAUGUUUGUCGACGACAUCAAUGUUGACAUACUUGAAGAUAUCUGCCAUCAAGUGCUCGAUCUGUAUUCAACGCCAUUGCCUGAGACGCCUCAAGACUCACCGCCUAAUAGUCCCGCACCUCCGCAACUGCCCACUGGACAGAGCCCUCCCAACAAACAGCCGGUACUCGCCGUUACGAUACCCAAUACAAUGGCACCGCCGAUGCCAAUGCCCACCACUCCGGUCACUGCGGGUGUUGGCGCUGUACCGCCGCCUCCACCGCAUCCAACGCCGCCGACACUGAUUGCCAAUUCAAUAGUGAAACCGCCGCCACCGCCGCAAAUGUACGGUCAAAACCAUUCGCAGGCAACCGCUGGCUAUAGGUUUAUGGCCGCUGGCGGUCAGCCAAUGGCCGUACCACAGCUUCCGCCGCCGCCACCACCCGUUCCGCCGACUCCUCCCGGUUGGGACCCGAACUUCCAGUACUAUCAGACCUAUAAACCAUUCGCCGGAUUUUCUGGUGCGCCACAGACUGGUGUUCACGGUAUGCCUCCCGGGGUGUCUGUACCGCCGCCGCCACCGCAUCCCAUACACCCGGCUUCGCAUAUGGCGGCUGUGGGUGUAAUACAGCCGCCGCUAGGAUUACCGCCGUUGCAUAUGUCGGCGCCGCCGCCGCACCUGUCGGUCAUUGCGGCCCAAAACCAAAUACCAUCUCAUUAUACAAAUCAACGCAAAACGAAAUAA